AUGAGCUCUGACGCAAAGCGCCAGCGUGCCGUUUGCGAAAGUACGUUGCAGAAAUUCACGGCCGUAAUGACCGUGAAGCUCGAGCUGCUCUGCGCUCAGACCCAAACACUGAAAAAUUUAACAGAAACCGCUGACGACGCGACGGUCGCCCGCGAACAUGAUAAAACGCUGACCACCGUCCAGCAGCUGCAUAGCGAUAUCGAACAUGUGAAGCGAUUUGCCGAGCUGCAGAACGAGUCAAAUUCAGUCAUGUUCGAACGCUGUUUUGAAUCGUUGCUGGAGCAAGUUCGAGAUUCGGUGCUCAUCUGUUACCAAGCGUACAACUCUUUGAAGGUCAGCCGGAAUCACCGUACGUCACCUUGA